AAAACCCUCUACUUAGAUCUCGGCUUAUAUAUGUUUGGAGGGAGGGAGAGAGAGGGAGAGAGAUAUGGCAAUGAAUGUAGAAGAAGAAGUAGAAAAACUCAAGGAAGAAAUCAAGCGAUUGGGUCAGAUCCAACAAGAUGGCUCUUACAAGGUUACAUUCGGUGUCCUCUUCAAUGACGAUAGGUGUGCCAACAUAUUUGAAGCACUGGUUGGAACCCUGAGAGCUGCUAAGAAGCGAAAGAUUGUAGCAUACGACGGUGAACUGCUGCUUCAAGGAGUUCAUGACAAUGUAGAAAUAAUCCUCAAGCCCCCGCCAGCAGCAGCAACAGCGGUCACAGCCUAAGGAGUCCAUCUGGGUGUGGCUGUUUCUCAUGCACCUUUUAUGAAGACAGACUCCCCUUCUAUUCAACAGCUAUUCUGCUACCAAAAGUAGCAGCAUAUUUCUUGUAUUUUGAGAACCAAAUGUAAGAGAAAAGCCUAUUUGUGAA